GUUCGAUUCCGGUUAUAGCUGUUUUUACAGCUACGAUUAAGUUCUCCACCUAUCUGAAAGGUGGGACCCACGUGUUGAUAGUAAAUGAGUGCAGGCCCGAAAUGUAUCUGGAUGUUACUAGCUAGAACACAAGUUGUGUGAUGAAUUUGUGUCAUUUUUCAAGUUGUUGUAUGAAUUUGUACCCACUAUGCAAGUUUGUGUACCUUAGAUGCAAUUAACUCUUUUUUAUAUGAAGAUGCGUAGCUGUCAAAGUUUAUUCAAGUUUAGUCGUGUGUUGUUAAGACCAUUCCCCGACUAAUUAACCAUCUCAAUUAUUGGGGAACCGGCCUAAAGCAUGUCAUCAGAUCCGCUUUAGUUGCCGAGUCUUGAGGCGCUAGCUAAGACACGCAUGCACGUUAUCGUUUGGUCUACAGUACUAUUAGGACCAAACUCAACGAUCCCCUUUCCCUAUAGCAGCACUGUGGUUUGCCUGUUUGGUACAACGAAAACAGCAAUGCAACCUUGCAUUUCUUGCCGCAGUAGUCCUUUGUCCUCAACAUCCACCUAGUGUGAGGCUGUAAGCUCAACUUUGUGACCGUCUUUCACAAAGAAAAGGAAGAAGUCUUCUGCGAGGAUCCAGCCAGAGCCGGAGAUGGCCGAGACGGUGGUAAGCAUGGCGAGGUCCAUGCUGGGGGGCGCCAUCAGCAAGGCCGCUUCUGCCGCGGGCGCCGAGCUGAGCUUGGUGAUGGGUGUGCAGAAGGAUAUCUGGUUCAUCAAGGACGAGUUGAAGACAAUGCAAGCAUUCUUGGCGGCUGUUGAAGCAUCAAAGAACAGAGACAUGCUACUGAAGGUGUGGGCAGAGCAAGUAAUGGACAUGUCCUACAAUAUAGAAGAUUGUCUUGAUGAAUUUAUGGUUCAUGUGAGGAGCCAAAGCCUAACAAAACGGCUGAUGAAGCUCAAAGAUCGUCGUAGGAUUGCUAUCCAAAUCCGCAACUUGAAAUCAAGAGUUGAAGAAGUGAGUAGUAGGAACUCACGCUACAACUUAAUCAAGACCAAGGCCUCUAGCAACAAUGAUGAGGAGGUUUCUUACAUAGAAGAUGUACGUAAUCACUCGGCAAACAACAUUGAUGAAGCGGAACUUGUGGGCUUUAAAAAGCCUAAGGAGGAUUUGAUUAAGCUGAUGGACCUCAACAAUAAAGAUGGUUGUGCCCAAGCUAUAUGGGUGGUUGGCAUGGGUGGUUUAGGCAAGACUACUCUUGCAAGAAAAGCAUAUGAAAGUAAGGAAGAUAUUGUGAAGAAUUUUUCUUGUUGUGCUUGGAUCACACUCUCGCAGUCAUUUUCUAGGAUAGAGAUGCUCAAGGAUAUGAUCAGGCAGCUUCUGGGCGGCGAGUCACUGAAGGAAUUAUUGAGAAAACUUGAAGGAAAAGUGGUGCAAGUAGAGGACCUCGCCGAAUAUCUCAUUCAAAGGCUUAAGGAUAAGAGGUACUUUCUUGUUCUUGAUGACUUGUGGACCAUAGGUUCAUGGGGGUGGAUCAAAGAUAUUAUUCUUCCUAGUAGUAACAAGAAAGGCAGUCGGAUAAUAGUAACAACACGAGAUGUUGGUCUAGCAAAGGAAUGUACUCCUGAAUCCCUCAUCUACCACCUUAAACCAUUAGAGUCGGUCGAUGCCAAAAAAUUACUUCUAAAAAAGAGUGGGAAAAUAGAUGAAGACAUGGACAAAGAUGAGAACUUCAAGAACAUAGUUGAAAAACUAGUUAAAAAGUGUGGUUGUUUACCACUCGCUAUACUCGCAAUUGGAGGGAUCCUUUCCACUAAAAAGAAAGUAGAGUGGGAGCACAUAUAUAAGCAACUCCCCUUUGACAUCUUUCCCGAGGAUUUAGAAAUCCAGACGAGGCGUCUAAUAGAAAGAUGGAUUGCUGAGGGGCUUAUUAGAGCUAGGACUGGGGUGGACAUUGAGGAUGUCGCAAAAGGUUACUUUAGUGAGUUAAUAAACCGAAGCCUUCUUCAAUCAUCAAAGGUGAACAUAGAAGGAGUUGUUAAGAGCUGCCGAGUUCAUGAUAUUGUGCGGGAUGUCAUGAUCUCAAUUUCUAGAGAUGAAAACUUCAUAUAUGUGGUGGGAGAUAAUGUAACUAGUGUUGUAGAGGAGACCUUCCGGCAUGUAGCAUACCAUGGUAGCAUGUGCCAAAAGAUAGACAUGGAUUGGAGCCACGUCCGGUCGCUUACUAUGUUUGCUGAGAGACCAUUGGGGCCAUCACCUUCAGUCUGUUCACCUGAUAUGAGAAUGCUCCGAGCCUUGGAUCUAGAGAAUGCACAGUAUCGAGUCAAACAAAAGGAUAUCUGCAACAUAGGAUCGUUGUGCCACUUGAAGUAUGUGAAUGUUUCUAAUCGUCAUGGAUAUUCACACAUCUAUAAACUUCCUAGAUCCAUCGGAAAAUUACAAGGUUUGCGUACUUUGAACAUAAGAGGCAGUUAUAUUACAGAAUUACCAACUGAGAUUUGUAAAAUCAAGACUCUCCAUAGUCUCCGUUGUACUAGAAAAAGCUACUACGAAUUCUUUGACAUAGAUAAACCUAAAGAAUGCUUGCUAGACACAGCUUGUGUGCCCAUUAUAUUUUCCCCUUUGUUUGAUCCUAGUGUCCAAGCCAAGGCAGUUGCCGAGCUACAUAUGGCCUGGUCUAGCUGUUGCUCAAAUUCAGUAGGUGUGAAGGUGCCAAAAGGAAUCAGCAACCUAAAAGAGUUGCAAAUACUAGAGGCCGUGGACAUCAACCGAACUAGUCGUAAAACAAUUAAAGAGCUAGGUGAGCUUGUGCAGCUGAGAAAACUGAGUGUGGUAACAAAAGGGGCCACCAAGCAGAAAUGCAAGGUACUCUGUGAAGCCAUUCAGAAGCUCACUUGCCUCCGCUCCAUUGAAGUGGUUGGUUCACUCGAGUGGUUGCAUGCUGUUUCCACUCCUCCUCCCCUGCUGAGGAGUCUGAAGUUGUAUGGAUGCAUAGCAGAGAUUCCUGCCUGGGUUGGCAGUCUGAUGCAUUUGGUCAAGUUUUACUUUAGGGGCAGCGUAAUAAAGGAAGAAGGAAAGAUCAUGGAAAUACUAGGGCCACUUCCCAACCUCAUGCACCUUCGUCUUGAAAGGGGCUCUUAUAUCCGGGAGAAGUUAGUGUUCAAAACGGGAGCAUUCCCAAAUCUCAUAAAACUUCAAAUUUGGGAUGUCGAGCAAAUGAGAGAGUUGGUAUUCGAGGAGGGCACCUCGCCCCACCUGGGAAAGAUAGAAAUAGGAUACUGCUGGCUGAAAUCAGGGAUUAAUGGGAUCGAGCACCUUGCAAGUCUAAAGGAGAUUUGGCUUAAAUGGGAUGUUAAAGUGGCCAGGCUUGGUAUGUUGCAACGUGAAGUGGACGCACACCCCAACCAUCCCCUGCUGCGACUGCAAAGGGAACGGAGCCAGCAUGACCUGGGUGGCAUUGUCCAUGGAUCCACUAUUGGAGUACAUGUGGAUGAAGCACCGAAGGGGGAGGAAUCAUCACCUCUCCAUCCAGAGCAAGUAGCAGCGGGGGAGAGCUCCUCCUCGCAGGUGGUGGUCGUGACGACGGGGAGCGACAGCUGGGGAGAAGUCGUGGAAAAUGCAAUGGACUACACCCCACAAGAAGCUGCCAACAAUAAAGCUGCAUAUAUUGUCAUGCUGCAAUUGGCCAUCACGUUCAGCUCUCCAAGUUCUCUGCUGGCUUGUGGCCUCUGAUAUGGUGUAAGGUAAAGCUGAGAGGGGUCACGGCAGUUCUCCACUGUGAAUGGAAGAGG